GCCACGGCGAGGUUAUAAACCUCACCUCCUUCCGGUAGCUCCCUGCAGGGAGCACAGCCACGUGCGACGAUGGGAAACGCAGGGCUGGGACGACAGCGGCCGGCGGUGCAGGAGCGGCUCACGCGGCCGCAGCGCCUGGUCCGGCAGCUCUCCGACCUGGACUCCGGCCGCCUACGCCGCCUCAUCCGCUCCGGCGACCUCGCGCCGUGCUUCGACGCCGACGAUGACGAGCGCGCCGUCGAGUGCCCCAUCUGCUUCUAUUUCUAUCCGAGCCUGAAUCAAUCCAAGUGUUGCGGCAAAGGAAUCUGUACGGAGUGCUUCUUGCAACUGAUGCCGUCCAAGGCUUCCAAAGCGGUCCACUGCCCUUUCUGCAAAACUGCAACUUACGCUGUAGAAUACUGCAGUGCUAGAACAUCAAGUGAGAAUAAACUUCAACAAGAAGAAGAACAGAACACAAAUGAAGCCAAAACAAGAAUACGAUCCAAGACUCACAAAACCAUUGAAAUACAGUCUUAGAACCUGCAAACCUGAUGAUAUGUCACUGCUAGAAGUUCUCUCCCUAUUUUUUCUUAACCUCCCCAGAGGUAUCAUGGCAUCCAAUCCAUCCAUGAUCGCUCCUGGAAUGUUUCAGACAUUAUUUUCAUGUAGUAUUGUUUUGGAUCUAGAGGUAUGCAGUUCAGAACAGAGUCAGGUUCAAAACAAUAUAUUGAAACAAUACUACAUGAAAACAAUGUCUGAAAGGUAGCCUGUAAAUAUUUUGGUUUCAAUAUUCUUCCGGUGGCAGCAGCAGACUGAGGAUUUGGUACAGCACUGCAGAAUGAUUCUGUACCCGGCUCUUAAGACAAGGAUAAAAGUCCCAAGUGCUCAAUUCAGGACUAAAUUAUUUUCGUGGUGGCCAAGAACUCCACGUUAGCAUCCAGUCACCACUCACUUUGCAACGCGUCUGCUUUGAUUCCAUACGGUGCAUCUUGCCUACUGCAGAAUCCUGGUCUGUAAUACUUUUUGUUUCUAUGAAUUUUAGCUUGCUCUUACUGCUGUCAAAGUUCAGAAUGUGACAGCAUCAGUGUAUUUUUCAGUUCAGAUUCAGAUGAAGACAUUUUGAUCGUUUCGUAUUCCUCA